AUGGCUGUUAGAGAGUCCUCCAGAAUCUCCCUUGCCCUUCUUUCUGCCGCAACCUUUGCUAAGCCACACAAGUCCAACCUUUGCCUAGGUUGGUCUGGCCUUGGGAAAUUGACAUUCACCAUAUUGACUUGGGCAUUUGGAAAAGGGUUCUGGUCGAAUGCCCAUGAUAACUUUCUUUGGAAACUUCAAGAUCUUCCAAUCGAUGAAGUCUUUUGGGAAGUUCCACUAAACUUGGAAAUUUAG